AUGCCGGUCAGAAUUCCCCUAGAUUGGGAUAUUGAAUGCGCGUCUUUCUUACGCUCUUUGCAGCAACGGCUGCUACUGCUCAUGGACUAUCAAUAUGUCGACUGGGUAACCAUUGCCAACCUCUCCGCCGAAGGAAAUGCCGGCUGUCAAGCUGCCAUUCCAUUCGCAGUUCACCAACAUCGAGUAGACAUCAUUGAAGAAUGUUCCAAAAUAGGAUUGAAAUUAAAGAGUCUCGAGGUGAGCAGUUGGAAUAUGCCUAUUCUAGUGGACUUCUUGAUUUCGUCCAGCCAUAUCACUGGAAACAUUUGCUUUGACCCUAACACUUUCCGCCCAGAGUAUAUCGAUUCUCUUUUGAAGAGGACAGAAGCGAUAUAUCUGCAACUUUGCCAGUUUGAAGCAGGUAUAUGUCUAAAGGAUCUGCAAAUAUCUUUCUGA